AUGCCGCGUCUUACAAAAAGACAACAACAUAUAAAGAAUUUACCUAGAAAACGAGGUAGAUAUAUAUCUGAAGAGAAAGUACAAGAGGUUACUAAUGCGCAGGAGGAAUCUAUAUUGGAAGCAUAUGAUGUAGAUAAAGUUCUAAAUGUGAAAAAAAAAAUAUAUUCAAAAACUUCAAGAAUGACAAUAUGGAGACGAAAUAAAAAAAAAACUGAUAUGAAAAAGACAGAUAUAUUAUUCAAUACUAAAACAUUAAGUAAUAUAUCGUUAAUACCUAAUAUUGAAAUAUCAGCUAUACUAUCACCAUUACAGUUAUCCCAAACAUCGCAAUUAUCUCAAACAUCACAGUCAUUUCAAAUAUUGCAGUCAUCUCAAAUAUCGCAACCAUCCCAAAUGAUUAUACAAAACUCGAUACCAUCUAUAAAUCUAUUUACACGUCUAGAAGAAGUUAAUAAACAAUGUAAAAUUAUGAAAUCUUCGAAAGAUAACAUACCUAUUUAUGAUUAUCUGCGCCUUUUAAGUAUAAGCAAAUUCAUACGAUUGUUAUUGAAUAGAAAAGGGAGAAUGGAUGUUAGUAAUCAAAUUGCACAAGUUAUAUGGAAUAAAGGAGGCUAUAUGGCAAGGUGUAUUCGAAAAUGGGGAAACCAUUAUAUACAAACAGGAGAGCUUCUUAUCUAUUAUCAGGAAAAACAUAAAAAAAUAAUAUGUUUACACGAAGACAAUUAUUUCUCUAAAGAUUGUCAAUUAUGGUUACAGCAACAAAAACCGGAAUCACAUUCACCUAGAGCCCUUAAGACAUACAUUGAAAGUACAUUAUUUCCAACACUAAAGCACAUUCAAAAAGAUACUAUUUCUGAAUCGACAUGCAAAAAAUAUAUGCAAAUGUGGGGAUAUAACUAUAAUGAAAGACAAAAAGGAGUUUAUUAUGAUGGUCAUGAACGAUUAGAUGUAAUAAUGUAUCGAAAAGAAUGGUUAAAAAGAAUGUUUACUUACAAAAGACAUAUGAAAGAUUUCAAUGGUCAUAUCAUAAUAGAACCAAAAUUUAAGCCGGAACUUGUUCAAGUGACACAUGAUGAAUGUCACUUUUAUGCAAAUAAUGGAUAA